ACUGGAGUCCACGGCGAGGCCGGCCCAGGCAGGGGGCGUCCCCUCCCCGUGGCGAUGACGGUGGCCCCACCCCCGCCAAGACCAAGUUCAACAAGUUUGGCCAAGAAGUCCUACAGUUUAGGUGGCUAGGCCUGGCCCUGCCGCUCCGCGUGGCUCCACCGGCUCAGAGUUCUGCAGCUCCGGGCGGCAAGGGGUUCUGUCGAGGGGCGCGGUCCAUAAGGGUUGAGGCCAGAGGCGCGCAGCCCCUGGGCUCCGAGCACCGGAGUGAAGGCUGGGGUUCGGAGUGCGUCAUCAGGGAGCAGGCACCCCGGCCGGCAGAGUCACAGUGGCAGCGUUGAGAGUUGGACACCCGGGUCCCUGAAGUGAUCUCUAGGCCCCAGCCCAAAAUCUGCCACCAUUCCGUGCUGCGGGGACACCAUGGCUCCAGAAGAGGACGCUGGAGGGGAGGCCUUAGGGGGCAGUUUCUGGGAGGCUGGCAACUACAGGCGCACGGUGCAGCGGGUGGAGGACGGGCACCGGCUGUGCGGGGAUCUGGUCAGCUGCUUCCAGGAGCGUGCCCGCAUCGAGAAGGCCUACGCCCAGCAGUUGGCCGACUGGGCCCGAAAGUGGAGGGGCACUGUGGAGAAGGGCCCCCAGUAUGGCACACUGGAGAAGGCCUGGCACGCCUUCUUCACGGCGGCCGAGCGGCUGAGCGCGAUGCACCUGGAGGUGCGGGAGAAGCUGCAAGGGCAGGACAGUGAGCGGGUGCGCGCCUGGCAGCGGGGGGCCUUCCACCGGCCUGUGCUGGGCGGCUUCCGUGAGAGCCGGGCAGCGGAGGAUGGCUUCCGCAAGGCCCAGAAGCCGUGGCUGAAGAGGCUGAAAGAGGUUGAAGCUUCCAAGAAGAGCUACCACGCAUCCCGGAAGGAUGAGAAGACAUCCCAGACGAGGGAGAGCCACGCGAAGGCAGACAGCGCCGUCUCCCAGGAGCAGCUGCGCAAACUGCAGGAACGGGUGGAACGCUGUGCCAAGGAGGCCGAGAAGACAAAAGCUCAGUACGAGCAGACGCUUGCAGAACUGCAUCGCUACACUCCACGCUACAUGGAGGACAUGGAGCAGGCCUUCGAGACCUGCCAGGCCGCUGAGCGCCAGCGGCUUCUUUUCUUCAAGGAUAUGCUGCUCACCUUACACCAGCACCUCGACCUUUCCAGCAGUGAGAAGUUCCAUGAACUGCACCGCAACUUGCACGAGAGCAUCGAGGCAGCCAGUGACGAAGAGGAUCUGCGCUGGUGGCGCAGCACCCACGGGCCGGGCAUGGCCAUGAACUGGCCACAGUUUGAGGAGUGGUCCUUGGACACACAGAGGACAAUCAGCCGGAAAGAGAAGGGUGGCCGGAGCCCUGAUGAGGUUACCCUGACCAGCAUCGUGUCCACAAGGGAUUGCACCGCACCCCCACCCCAGUCCCUGGGGUCCCCCGGCACGGGGCAGGAUGAGGAGUGGUCAGAUGAAGAGAGUCCCCGGAAGGCUGCCACCGGGGUGCGGGUGCGGGCACUCUAUGACUACGCGGGGCAGGAAGCUGAUGAGCUGAGCUUCCGAGCAGGGGAGGAGCUGCUGAAAAUGAGCGAGGAGGAUGAGCAGGGCUGGUGCCAGGGCCAGCUGCAGAGCGGCCGCAUUGGCCUGUACCCUGCCAAUUACGUGGAGUGUGUGGGCGCCUGAGUGCCCUGAAAGCCCCUCGGCGACGUUUUCACACCCUGGGGCAGAGCCCGGCUUCUCCUGGACAGCUGGACCCUCAGGGCCCUCAACCAUCGCUCCCCUGCUGCUCCUCUGUCCCUUGAGGGAGGAAAUCCUGGGACCCAGGGAGGGAAAGGGCCUGUCUAGAAAGGGACUGGUAGGGAAGGGCCAACUGAGUCUUGGAUGAGGGCAAGAUGCGAGGUCAGAGGUGACAGAAUGAUUCAGGGGUGCCUGGGCCUCCCUAGGAGCUGUGGACCCAGUUCCUGACCUCUGCUUUGGGGUUCCUGGAGUGGGCUUGGGGUGAGUGUAGUUCCGGCCUAGCAACACCCUCUUUUGUGGCUUGUUCUAGCGUGUAUUAAAACUUGACAAAAAAAAA